AUGGCUUCAACAGUUCCCUUCGUCCUUGAAGUUCAAGGCCACGCGGUGAUUCCGCUUCCAGCUGAACGAGCCCAUAUCAAUGUACACAUUGCCAGUUCCGGACCAGACAAGGCAAAAGUCUCCAGUGAAGUCCUCAGCAGUGCCCGCGUAAUCGAAGCUUUGCUCUACGAUCUUUCUCCUGAGGACGAGUCCGCCGAAGCCAAAGCAUCGGCCGCACUGGCGCAUUGGUCCAAAACUUCUCUGUCGGCAACCUCUCAUAGACCCUACGAUAACGAGGGCAAUCAGAAAGAUCGAGAAUACACCGCGAGGAUUAACUUCGAUAUCCGCUUUCAAGACUUCAAGGCCCUCGGCGGCUUCGGUGCGCACAUAUCUGCAUUGCCACAUGUCGAACUGCCGAAUAUUGAAUGGAAGUUGAAACCCGUGACCGAAUACAACUUCCGCGCGCAAUUGAGGAAGAAGGCAGCAGAAGAUGCAUUCCGCAAGGCACAGGACUAUUGUGAGGUAUUCGGUUGUGUUAAUUUGCAGCCAGUGGCAUUGGGCGCAAUCGACUUCGAUCAAGAUGAAGGUGGAGGCUAUAGCUUUGGUGGAGCGCGAGGAAAGUCGGGAAGAACACGGCAAACUGCGCGGAAAGCUGAUAUGGAAGUGGACGAGCCCGCUUUCGAAUUCACGCCGCAGGAGGUGACGAUGGAGAUGAGCGUCACCGUGAAGUUCAAGGCAGAGUAA